ACCCAACCCAUUGCCCCAAUCUUCGCCCCGAAUCAUCAUCCCAACAAUGGCUUUCACAUGAACCCCUCUUCGCCGUCUUCUCCCUGGUCUGUUUCUGGUUUUUCUGAUAACCGAAGCCCUAGUAGUCACAUGAGUCCGAGACCCACUUCACCUCUUUCUUACGCUGCCGUCGUCAAUGGAAGCACUAACGGCGCUUCUUCUGGGUCGUUUUCGGCACCUACUACUUCUUCAUUUUCACUACCUCCCCUGUACAGCAACACUACUUGUAGCGAUCUCAGCGACGAGUAUGUUCAAGAUCAGUUCCCUUUCCUCGACGACUCUUCACCUAACAAUGUGGAUUUUUCGGAUCCGAUAAUGAGCCCCAGUGGCCGGAGCGAUUCGGUUCUCUUCCCUUAUUCUGGCAAUUGGGUUGAUCCUGGCACUUGUAGUGACAAUAACCACCAUAACUUCCAUAGACGGAGUUGUUCAGUGAGUGAUUUGUAUCUUGGUAGUGGGUCUGAUGAUGGCGGUUCCGGGCUGGUUGGAGGCCCUGUUUGUACUUUGCUCGAGGAUUUUGCAAGAACGGCAACAGCUGCAAAUGCAUCUGCCAUUGUUGGCUCGCCGAGUAAGCUUGAUGGUCUUGACGAUUUACUGCGGAUGAAGGCCAUUCAACACCAGAAGAUGCUGCCGCUUCUCAGCUUAUGGGUGGAGCUGGAGCCCUUUCCCUUACAACAAUCAAGAGAUGGUUUUGAUGUUAGAUUGUUGAUUUGUGGGUGUUUUCUUGAUGGGUAUAUGCUGCAUUGUAGAUCUGCUGCCGCAGCGUUGAUGAUGGGUGAUGAAUAUCACAAAUUUGGUCGUGGUCGACCUGAAAGGUUCGAUUUUUCAGCCUUGGGGUUGGGAGCAAGUGCAAAUUCUAGUUCUAAACAGAUUUACUUGACAUUCCCAGCUGAUAGUACUUUCAAGGAAGAAGAUCAAGUUUGGACCAGUGCAAGAUGUGCGGAUCCCAUACCAGCAAAAGCGAAUGUUUGGGUUUGUUACCUUCGUUUACCCGAGACUGUGAAGAUCAUUUUGGCCAAAGGGAAUCCUCAUUUUGUAUGUGACUCUCGAGUGCUUGUUAAGCCUUACAAGGAGAAGGAAAAAUCCCAGACAAAAAGCAGCAGCAGCAUCAGUUGGAGAGAGGAGAGUUUUCAGCGUUUCUUCCUCUACUGUGCAGGAGCAAGAAUGUUUCUCAAUCAUCAAGAGAUGAUGUUAAGAAGGAAGUUAGAGCAGGAGGCCGAAUUGCAGCAAGCCAUUGAAAUCCAGGGAAGAAGGCUAAUGAAUUUGCAGCUUAUGGACUUGAAGAAUCAUCAUCAUCAUGGUCAUCAAUUCCAGCAGCAUAACCUAGUACCUGGCAUUCCCAUUGCCUCUCCGGCUCAGCCUCACCUCCGCACCAAUCAGAACCUCUCGGCUGCAGCCACUUCUCCAACUGCCGCGGCUGAGGGGCAGCUGGAGUUAAAUGAAACUAGCAAUAACAACAAUGGUCAUAAUAGCAGCGAGAACAAAGAACAAUGCUCCCACCCUGAAAAUGAUAACAUCCAUGAAAGUUUAGAGCACAUCCUCCCAGAUAACCUGUUCUCAUCGCCUAAAAAAUCAGACAGUGGCCACUGUUCUAUCUUUUCUACUGCUUCGGCAGAAGCAGAUGAUGGCGCCUCAGUAACAGCGUCAUCUUCCUCUAACAAUACCCAACGAAAGGUUGAAUAG